UUCGCAUCUUCUGAUGUCCUUGAAAGGAGUUUCGUUUUGUUCCAAAAAACUGCUCCUCUUUUCAGUGGCUGUCGGGCUAUAGAGGAUCGAUUCACGGGGGAGACCUUCAAAGUUUGCAAGCCGAAUACCCUUUGGAAUGCCACUGUGGUUAACGGAGUACACGUUUCCCAGACAUCUAUCUGGAAGAAAGUAGCCAUUGAUUUGAACUCCACCGGCAGUGAAGAUAUUAAGCGUGUGCACAUUGAUCCCAGUCUUUGCCUUCCCACUUAUCCUUCUUUUUUUCCUGCCUCCCCGUUCGUUUAUUUUCCCAACCGCGUGAAUUUAUCCCCUCCCUCUGAAAUCCAAUAUUAUUUCAGAGGCUGCCGUGAUAUACUCGAUGCUCUGACCGGUGAAAGGCACAAGAUCUGUAAACCAACAAGCUUUUGGAGCGCAAACGGAGGGGGAUUGGCUGAUCGUCCAUGGCAGACAGCUGUCGUUGAUCUGGCCGCCGCUUCGAGCGAGGACUACAAGCACCCCGAACAGUGUAUUCUCUUCUGUUCAUCCUUAAAUAUCGUCCGCUUUCAGCUCAUGUUCGCCGCAUCCCCACCCGAUCACUGGGGUGAUUAUCAACAUGUGGUAGGCUCCGACGAAAGCCUUUGGAAUGCCAGCGCUUUGCACGAACACAGCCCAGACUGGCAUCUCGCGUCCAUCGAUGUGGAGAGAACAACAGAUUUUAAGGUGCCCGAAUUGGCCUUCUUAGUGUCUAGAGUGCACCUAUUCUAUUCCUGUAUAUCUGUAAGACAUCCCGAGACCGGUGAGCUGAUGCCAGCUUGUUCUGACGAGGCCCUCUGGAACUCCAGCCUACACGGUCAGAAGGAGCAGACCGGCUGGCGGUCUGUCUCCAUCGAUAUGAACAAAGCUAUCGACUUUAAAACCGCUCACUAUAUGGCCAAGCGACUGGUUGAUGGGGAUGAAUACUCAACCAUUGACAAUGUGCGCUCGUGUACAGACGAGGGUUCUAACGAGGAUCUGUGGAACACUACUGUCUCGCCUGUCUCCUACCCCUCAGCGGCGGCCUGGCAAAUGGCUACCGUGGACAUUUCAAUGGCUAACGUCAGUGACUUCAAGGUUUGUACCUAA